UUAUAAUCGCCGACUCCGUAGUUUUGUAGUUCGUACAACACAUUUUUGCUUUUACUUGGACAUUAUUGGAACCUGAAAAUCGGAGAUAGAAAUGGUUCGUAAAGUAGCUAUCGUUGGUGGAGGAGUCGUUGGAUUGACGACAGCAGUCGUAAUUGCUGAGAAUUUGAAAGAUGUGCAGGUGACAGUCAUUUCAGACAAGUGGUCCCCUGAGACUACAGGUGAUGGUUCGGCUGGAUUUUUGACGCCUUAUCUGCUAGGGGAUAUGCCUGUACAGACUCUCAGGGAGUGGUGUCAGAAAUCAUUCGAAAUCUUUCAAGAAAUUUUCCAAUCAGAAUUGGCCGUAGAGUGUGGACUCGGUCUAUUUCCGGUUUAUUGGUUAUAUCCCAAUGGUCCAGCUGAAGAGCCAGUGUACAAAGACUUAUUCAUUGACUACCGGCCCAUGACGCAGAAAGAACUUUCCAUUUUUCCAAGUAGAUUCAGGCAUGGUGUAGCUAUGACUACUUUCUUUAUCGAAUGCACAAAAUUUCUGCCUGUUUUGAUGAAAAGGAUACAAAAGAAAGGAGGAAGAUUUAUUGAAAAGAAGAUUCAUAAUUUUUCAGAGCUUGCCGGAAGCUAUGAUGUUGUCAUAAACUGCACAGGACUUGGAUCCAGAAAUUUGGUUCCAGAUCCAGAAGUUACACCAAUUAGAGGACAAGUUAUGAAGGUUCGCGCACCAUGGAUCAAGCAUUGCAUAGUUAUAGAUCCCGAUUACUACAUUAUUCCAAAUUCAGAUGAGACAACUUUAGGAGGCACCCGACAGAAAGAUGAUUGGAAUCUAGAGGUUAGUCCCGAAGAUCGUCAGAGAAUUUGGGAAAACUGCACGGACGUCAUGCCUUGUCUGAAAGAGGCCAGGAUUCUUAGAGAUUGGGUCGGCUUAAGGCCGUACAGACCGACUCCUCGAAUAGAAAGGGAGUCAAUAAAAACAAAGAAAGGAAAUUUAGAGGUUAUUCAUAACUAUGGCCACGGAGGUUGUGGAGUCAUGCUAUCUUGGGGUUGUGCUUAUCAUGUUUUAGGACUUCUACGUGAAGUAUUGGAACAUCCAUACUCUAAUGAAAAGCAAACUUCGCCCUCAUAUAGCCGAUCGAAAAUAUAAAAUGUGACUGAAAAAUUGCUGCAAGUACAGUUCAGAAAGAAAAAAAGAAUCAUACAGUAUUAAAUGAUAGUAUGAUUUCUGAUUUGUUUUUAACAAAUAAAUGUUAAUGUAUUUACCCUUUUAACAUCAGUUACACUUCAUUUGGAAUUAACAGGGAUUAUCUUACAAAUAAAGAAAAAUUGAAAUACAUUCUGCUUUCAUGUCUUAUGCAUUAGGCUUUCAAUUCUAAUAUUCCCAGAAACAAUAUUUUAAUUACAAAAAUCUUGAUGAAUAUAUUUAUAGAUCUUAAGCGAGUAA